AUGACUGCAAAUAUUCACGAUAUUUCAUUCAACUUAAUCCACGAACAUUCCUGCAAUUUUCCUUAUUCUGUUAUUAUAAUUUUCUGUUAUUCCACUUGUAGCUACAGUAAGGUUUUCCGGACAAGUGCAAAUGCACUUAUAAAAGAAAUCCAGGAGAAAGUCGAAGCCAAUAAUUUUUCUGAUAUUAAAAGUGUGGAAAAUGCUAAGAUUGUGAUUAUCGGCGCUGGAGUUUCGGGAAUUGCCGCUGCUUCGAAACUAUUCGAAAAUGGCUUCAAAGAGGUGAAAAUAUUAGAGGCUGGAAAUCGCAUUGGCGGGAGGAUCUUCACCACGCAAUUCGGUGGUUACGAAGUUGAUCUUGGAGCACAAUGGGUACACGGAGAAAACGGAAAUGCCGUUUUUGAUUUGGCUUGGCCGCUUAAUCUUCUUGACAAACCAGAUGGAGACGCACACGAUCUCUACUAUUUUGAUUCAAAUGGUACUCGAUUGAACAACGAAACAGAAGAACAGCUACGUAAUUUUUACUUCGACUACUUAUUCGAAGAAAGUGACACUGGUUUCGAAUCCUACGGAGAAUACGUGAAAGAUGCUUUCAAUCGGAAAUUUGGCAAUGCGCUAACAAUAUAUAAAGAUAGGAAGAAGUAUCUGAAUAGCUAUAAGUUAAAUAGGCUGGCUGAAGAAGGCGCGGAUUCUUGGUUUGAAAUUUCUGCACAACCCAUUGAACUAUAUACGGAUUAUCCUGGAACUGAGAAUGUUAAUUGGAAAACUCGGGGUUACUCCACUCUACUUGAUUAUCUUAUAAAACGAUAUCCGAAUCCUCAAGAAGAGCUUCCUGUUGUAAAAAAUACAUUACUCAAUUCUGAAGUCGUGAAAAUCAACUAUUUGAAUCGCAACGAAGGUUUACCGAUCUUAAUCACCACGAAGAACAGAACAACUUAUGAAGCUGAUCACGUUAUUAUGACUGCCUCAAUCGGAGUAUUAAAAGCGAAACAUUCGUCACUCUUUAUUCCACGAUUACCACAACAAAUAACAGAAACUAUUAAAGGUUUUGCGUUUGGCAGAGUAGGCAAAGUAUAUUUACUAUUCAAGAAACCGUUUUGGCAACUUGGAAACAAAAAAAAUUUGCAGUUUUCCUUCCUUUGGAGCAAUACUGAGAGAAGAUCUAUUGAGAAAUCUGAAAAAAAUGGAUAUUAGGAAUAGAAAGUGUGUCAUCCGUUGAGCAUAAGCCAAAAUUGUUGAAAAUAUGGGUAAUAGGAAAAUAUGUGCGAUUAAUGGAACGAAUCUCGGAAGAUAAACUUUUCAACCAUAGCGUAGAGUGUCUUCACAGAUUUCUCGGCAAGACUUACAACAUCACGCGACCGAUUGCGAUUCUGCGAACUACGUGGUUUUCAAAUCCGAAUUUCAGAGGAACUUAUAGCUAUCGAAGCGUGAAAAUGCAAAAACAAGGUAUCUUAUCGAAAAAUCUGGAAGUACCGGUAUCGCCGAAGAAUUUGGGAAUUCUGUUCGCUGGGGAGGCCACAUCUAUUGAGAGAUAUUCAACAGUCGAUGGAGCCAUGACUUCUGGAUGGAAAGCAGCAAUUAGACUGAUAGAUUUCUAUAAGGAUUCGGAUUAAACAUAAAAAUAAAUGGCAAACCCGUACCGAUACCAAGCGAAAUUUCAAAUUUUCAUCUAAUGUACUCGUCAAGUAAAAGUGAAUGUUCUAAUGAGUUAAUUUUGAGUUUAGUCUCGUUAAACAAUACAUUUUUCACCAUUUAAUCACACUAUAUGAUCCAGAAAUGUGCUUAAAAUAUUUGGAUUUAUAUAAAUGAUGAUCAAAAUGAACUGGUUUAUUUUCGUAUCUGCUUUCUGAAACUUAUCUUUAAUCGUUGAAUAUUCUUCAAAAGCGUUGCACGUAUGAAAGGAAAUGUAUACCUCACCGGGCAUAUAAAAAAAUUUACAAAAAAAAUUUAAUAAUCAUUUAUAAUGAGAUACAGGUCACUCAUUCGUCGCGUCAUUUCAGACCUGUUCUAGAGGUCAAUUCUCAUUCUAAAAUUGGCUUCAAAAAACAACAAUUCAAAAAGCAGACUGAGUAGGCAAUGGAGCGUUCCUCCCGAGUCAAUCGAUAAAUCAGAGUCAUCCCUUGCAUCUUUCAGAGUGUUAGUGCACGCUCUCUGUCUAGAGAGUUCUGGCCAAGACUUACACCACAUUGUUUAACAGACUUGUUAAGUUUUGUAUUUUUCUACUGAAUUUUUUAUUUUUAAAAGGCAGUUAUGCCCCUGUAAUAGGUUAAAUAAAUAAAUAAAUAAAUACAAUACAUAAAUAAUA